AUGCAAGAUUCAAACAAGGGAUCUAACUCAGCAGCUAUAAAGGUGCUACAUAAGGAAAUUGACAAAUCCCUUGAGGAGGAGAACCUGAAAUGGAAACAGAGAGCAAAACAGUUGUGGUUGAGAGAUGGUGACAGAAAUUCUAAAUUCUUCCAUAAAUGUGCCAAUCAGAGGAGGAAGAAUAAUGGGAUUCAUAAGCUAAUGAGGGCUGAUGGCAGUUCUACAACAGCCCUGGGAGAGAUUUCUGAUUUGUUUUCCCAGUACUUCCAAGAACUUUUUACAUCAUCAAAUCCAAGUGGUAUUGAAGCAUGCUUGAGCCAGGUCCACCCCCGAGUAGACAGGGAGAUGAAUGCCAACCUUACCAAACAGUUUUCAGCUAAAGAGGUAAAGGCUGCUUUGUUCCAUAUGAAUCCCAUGGGGUCUCCUGGACCAGAUGGAUACCCUGCUUUGUUCUACCAAUCACACUGGGAAGUUGUAGGAGAUGACCUCACUGAUGCUGUCCUGGAAAUCUUAAAUGGGAAUGGUGAUACUGCAGCUAUUAAUGAUACUUUCAUUAUUUUAAUCCCAAAAAUCAAAAACCCCCAAACUGUUCUGGAUUUUAGGCCCAUCUCUCUCUACAAUGUCAUUUAUAAGGUGGUGUCUAAAGUACUCUCGAAUAGGCUUAAACUGAUUCUUCCUACUAUUAUUGCCCCCACCCAAAGUGCUUUUAUUCCUGGUAGGAUGAUUAUGGACAAUGUUAUAGUGGCCUUCGAAACUCUUCAUUCAAUGUCAACCAAAGGCAAAGGGAAGCAAGGAUAUAUGGCUAUAAAGCUUGACAUGAGCAAGGCCUACGAUAGAGUGGAGUGGGAUUUCUUGAGAAAGGUUGUGGGUAGGAUGGGAUUCAGCAACAGAUGGAUUAACUUGGUCAUGCAGUGUGUAACUACGGUAUCCUAUUCUCUCCUUAUUAAUGGUAGUUCUCAAUGCAAAUUUAUACCAACUAGAGGAAUCAAACAGGGAGAUCCUCUCUACCCCUAUCUUUUCAUUCUGGUGGCCGAGGUGCUUAGUAGUUUAAUGAACCAUGCUGAAAGUAUCAAGAUGAUUCAUGGAUUCCCUAUUUGCAGGGGGAAGCUUAGCAUCAAUCACCUAUUUUUUGCUGAUGAUAGCUUGAUUUUCUGUAGAGCCAAUGCAAGAGAGUGGUCAUCUAUUCAUGUUUUUCUAAACCUCUAUGAAGAAGCCUCGGGUCAAAAACUUAACAAGACUAAAACCUCUAUCUUCUUCAGCCCCAAUACAAAGCAAGCUACAAAAGAAUACAUUUUGAAUCUUGCUGGAACCAGGGCCUCUUCAAGCUAUGAAAAGUAUCUUGGAUUACCAUCUCUCAUUGGUAGAUCCAAGCAUGCUGCAUUCAAGGAUAUCAUUGAUAGAAUCAGAGGAAAAAUCAGUAACUGGAAAAACAAGUUUCUCUCUCAGGCAGGAAAGGAAAUACUCCUUAAGGCUGUGAUUCAAGCCCUUCCCACUUAUUGCAUGAGAGUCUUCAAACUGCCUAAAUCCCUUUUGAAUGAAGUCAACAAAAUUAUGCAUCAUUUCUGGUGGGGCCAUCUACAAAAUGAAAAAAGGGUGCAUUGGGUAUCUUGGGGUCAGAUGGGAAGAUCCAAAGCUGCAGGUGGCUUGGGCUUUAGAGACCUUGAGAGCUUUAAUUUAGCUCUUUUGGCAAAGCAGGGGUGGAGAAUUAUCCAACAGACCAAUUCCCUUGCUGCACAGGUCCUAAAACUGAAAUAUUUCCCAAGUGUUGAAUUCCUUCAAGCCAAAGUGAGAAAUAGGCCUUCAUUUAUAUGGAGAAGUUUUUGUGCUGCAAAGGGACUGAUAGAAAAAGGCUCCAUAUGGCGCAUUGGUGAUGGUCAAAACACCAAAAUAUGGAAGGAUAGGUGGCUGCCACAACCUACAAGCUAUAGAAUCCAAUCACCUGUACACAUUCUGCUGGAGGAUGAUAAAGUGGCAAGACUCAUACACCACGUAAAUAAGCAAUGGGAUAGAGGUUUGAUUACAGAAGUUUUUGGCUCUGAAUUAGCAGCAGUGAUCCAGAGAAUUCCCAUAAGCUCAUCUGGUGCUAAGGAUAAACUAAUAUGGUUGGAAUCCAAAGAUGGCUCUUUCACUGUUAAGAGUGCCUAUCACUUUCAGAAAGAGCUUUUUGAACAGCUCAAGGGACUAUCUUCUAGAGGGCUGCUGAGGCAGAGGGACUGGACUGGUUUGUGGAAUCUGCAGAUCCCUAAUGCUACCAAAUCCUUCUUGUGGCGAGCAUGCUUAGAAGCUCUCCAUACAAAACUCAAUCUCUUCAGGAAAAAGAUUGUGGACUCUCCUAUUUGUCCUAUUUGUUGGUUGGCAGAGGAAACCACCACUCAUGCUCUUUGGAACUGCAGCUCUGCCAUGGAUGUUUGGAGUCAAGGCCAUAUUUUUUUCCAAAAAUUUUUUUUAAGGGUAGACAGCUUUAAGGAACUAUUCGAGUGCCUCAGCAAGCAGUGUGCUCAACCUUUGAUGGAUUUGUUUUUAGUCGUUACCAGGAACAUAUGGCUUAGAAGGAAUAAACUGAUUUUUGAGGGAUCCUUCAUGCAUCCCAAUCUGGUGGUGAAGCAAGCCUCUAUAUCUCUUGCAUCUUAUAAGGAGGCCCAAGGCAAUAAGAAAGCUACACCUCAAGCAUCAAGUACUCAUACUUCUGGGUGGUCCCCUCCUUCUUUAGGUUCCAUUAAAAUUAACUGGGAUGCUGCUGUGGAUGUGUCCCAAGCUAAAGUUGGCAUUGCUUUAGGAGCUUUUCAUGCAGCUUCUUUGGCUAAGGACUUGGAGUUCAGCCCUGUCAUCUUAGAAGGGGACGCUAUACAGAUAGUGAAUGGCAUUAGUCAACGUGUUGAGAGAUGGGAUAGGGUGGGCAUGGUUAUGUAUGACACUAGUUUGUUGCUUUCUAGUUUAUGCCAAUGGUCUAUGGCUUUUGUUAGGAGAAGUGGUAAUCAAAUGGCUCACAACCUGGCUAAGGAUUCCCUUAAGCUAGGAGAGAAUUCGGUUGUUGUGGUCUUUAGACCUUCCUGUAAUCGUUGUUGGGGGAUUUUUGCCAAGAGCUUGAAGCUCAUGAAGACCGGCCCAGACCCAGUAUCAAGCAGGUCCCCAACAUCCCACGGGCCUAAGAGGCCUGGUCCAGACCCAUGGGGCCACUCAGCAACUCGGGCCCCAUCCAGGUCAGGAUGGGGCAUUGUACAGAGCACAGAAGCCAAACCAGAGGAAAGGAAAGGAGGCAUGCCAAAGAGAAGGGACAGGACUCCAAAAUAG